AUGAGUGGAAACAGUGACAUUGCAAUUGAUGAGAAUGUAAGUGCCCAAUCCGCUGUGGUUCAGGCGAGGAAGAAGAAUUUGAAUCGCCUACUUGUUGAGGAAGCCUUGAAUGAUGACAACUCAAUAGUGGCACUUCAUCCCAAUAGGAUUGAGGAAUUGGGCCUAUUUAGGGGGGAUACAGUUAUGCUCAGGGGAAAGAAACGACAUUCCACUGUUUGUAUUGUAUUGGCAGAUAAGGAAUUGGAUGAAUGCAAGGCCAGACUUAACAAGACAGUAAGGAAGAAUCUAAGGGUUAUGCUGGGAGACUACGUUAGAAUUAACCCCUGCGCUGAUGUUCCUUACGGUAAACGAAUACAAGUCUUGCCAAUCGAUGAUACCAUUGAAGGUCUGUCUAGGGGAUCGUUGUUUGACAUUUAUUUGAAGCCUUAUUUCAUGGAAUCUUAUAGGCCUGUGAAGAAGGGAGAUUAUUUUUUGGUGCGUGGAGGAUUUAAGGCGGUGGAGUUUAAGAUUAUUGAGGUUGAACCUGGGGAAUAUUGCAUCGUUGCUCCAGAUACAGUAAUAUUUCACGAGGGUGACCCUGUAAAGCGUGAAGAAGAGGAUCGCCUAGACGACGUGGGUUAUGAUGAUAUUGGCGGAUGUAAGAAGCAAAUGGCCCAGAUUCGUGAGAUGAUAGAAUUACCACUGCGCCAUCCCACGCUCUUCAAAACAUUAGGCGUCAAACCACCAAGGGGAGUGUUGUUAUAUGGCCCCCCUGGCAGCGGGAAAACUCUAAUUGCGCGUGCAGUGGCCAAUGAAACUGGUGCCUUUUUCUUCCUAAUAAAUGGCCCCGAAGUAAUGAGCAAAAUGGCCGGGGAGGCUGAGUCCAAUUUGAGACGUGCUUUCGCUGAAGCAGAAAAGAAUGCACCGUCCAUAAUAUUCAUAGACGAAAUUGACAGUAUCGCCCCUAAAAGAGAAAAGACAAAUGGGGAAGUAGAGAGACGCGUAGUUUCCCAAUUGCUGACUUUGAUGGAUGGGUUGAAGGGUAGAGGCCAAGUUGUAGUACUAGGAGCCACGAAUAGACAAAAUUCGAUAGACCCAGCGCUUAGACGAUUUGGACGUUUUGACCGAGAAAUAGACAUUGGAGUCCCUGAUGAUAAUGGCAGAUUAGAAAUUCUACGCAUUCAUACCAGAAACAUGAAGCUGGCACCAAAUGUAAAGCUCAAUGAAUUAGCUGCUAAUACGCAUGGUUUUGUAGGGGCAGACUUAGCACAAUUGUGUACCGAAUCAGCUCUAUCUUGUAUAAGAGAGAAAAUGGAUAUGAUUGAUCUUGAAGAUGACACUAUUGACACAACCGUGCUAGAUUCAAUGUCAGUUACACAGGAUCAUUUAACUGCGGCUCUAAAUACAUGCAACCCAUCUUCAUUGAGAGAAACAGUUGUUGAGAUUCCAAAUGUCAAAUGGGAUGAUAUUGGUGGAUUGGAGUCAGUUAAAACGAGUUUGAGGGAGAUGAUUUUGUACCCUAUUGAGCACCCAGAGAAGUUCGAAAAGUUUGGCAUGUCGCCCAGUAGGGGAGUACUUUUUUAUGGGCCGCCUGGAUGCGGAAAAACAUUGCUAGCAAAGGCAGUGGCAUCAGAAUGUUCAGCUAAUUUCAUUUCCAUUAAAGGACCUGAGUUAUUGACGAUGUGGUUCGGAGAAUCGGAGGCCAAUGUUAGGGAGGUUUUUGAUAAGGCCCGCUCAUCCGCCCCUUGCGUGUUAUUCUUCGACGAGCUUGAUUCCAUUGGUUCUGCCAGAGGAAAUAACGUUGGAGAUGCUAACGGUGCUGGGGACAGGGUCAUGAAUCAGUUACUUACGGAAAUUGACGGCGUGGGCCCAAAGAAGAACCUCUUCUUUAUAGGAGCAACCAAUCGUCCCAACCUGUUAGAUGAAGCGCUGCUACGUCCCGGACGAUUGGAUCAAUUGAUAUACAUUCCACUACCCGAUCAUGCAGCUAGAGUGUCAAUUCUUCAGGCGUUGCUAAGAAAAUCACCAGUGGCGUCCAAUGUACCCAUUUCCUUUUUGGCCCAAAAGACUUCAGGAUUUUCAGGGGCAGAUUUGGCCGAAAUGUGUCAACGGGCAGCAAGGGCAGCCAUAAGGGAGGCAAUAGGGGUUGAGGAGAUGCAGAAGGCUUCGGGUAACCCUGACUUCCCUGAGUUUAAAUAUGAAAUCAAGCGUAAACAUUUUUCAGAGGGGUUAGCAGCGGCUAGGAGAUCAGUCACUAGUUCUGAUUUGGCGAAAUUUGAUAACUUUAGGUCAAAGUUUGAUCCACUGUACAAGUCGCAGGUUAAUGACGACGAUAUUGACAUUGAUUGGCCAGAUGAAACACAAGGUAGUGGGAUGGACUUGAUAGACGAGGAUGAGGACGACCUUUACUCGUAA